GAAUGGAUUUUCAUGACGUGUCCGUUAUUUUAUGUGAUUUUGGAGUUACCCUUGCUGGGACAGUUGUUGACACCCGGUGCCACACGGUGAUUAAAAUAUUUCACUGCCGACAUAGCGCCAGAGACGUGUUAUUCGUGGUGUUUGUUGACUCAUCUGUCUAAUAUACGAUCUUCGUGAGGGAGGUUGCACUGUACGUUGAACCGCUCGAUGCCGUCGGUCUGCUUCUGCAGCAGUCAGCGGAGACGUUAAACCUUGAGCCCGACCUCAACAUGACCUGACCGGGCAGUUGGAGCUCUCCGCCCCGUUCUCCUGACCAGGCAGAGUGUUUAGGAGGGGAGGCGGCCUCAUGCGUAUGGGCAGCAACUGGAGGUGGCAGCUCUCCCGGGCCAUGCGACUCGCAAUGCGCUGGUGCCGGUUGUGCCGCCUGCAGAGGGGAGGCCGAGGCGGCGCCAGCAAACCGUGGAUCAGCGGCAGGUUGUUGGAGCUGUGGACUUACAGCAAACUGCUGCUCCAGUCGCUUUAUUACAACAGCCUCACCAACUCAGACACUCUGCUGGACUGUGCGUUCGAACCCGUCUACUGGAUCGUGGAUAACGUGACUCGCUGGUUUGGAGUGGUGUUUGUCUCUCUCGUCACGAUGCUGACGUCCUCGGUUGUGGUCAUCGUCUACCUGUUUGUCCUACCCACAAUCAUCAGCACUUACCCUGUGCACUGGAUUGUCUGGCACCUCUGCUGUGGCCACUGGCUUCUCAUCAUGGUGGUCUUUCAUUACUACAAGGCCACUACCACCUCACCGGGACACCCACCAAAGGACAAAAUUCACAUCCCCUCCGUGUCCAUCUGUAAGAAAUGUAUCACACCAAAACCACCAAGGACACACCACUGUAGCAUCUGCAAUGUGUGUGUUUUGAAGAUGGACCAUCACUGUCCAUGGUUGAACAACUGUGUGGGCCAUUUCAACCAUCGCUACUUCUACUCCUUCUGCCUUUACAUGACUCUGGGCUGCAUUUACUGCAGCAUCAGCAGCAGGAACUUGUUUCUGGAUGCCUACAAUGCCAUAGAGUCUUACUACCAGACGCCUCCUCCAGACUUCACCUUCAAAGAAACCACUGCUCAUAAGAGCGUCAUCUUCCUCUGGGUGCUGACCAGCUCAGUGGCAGUAGCUCUAGGAGGACUCACCUUGUGGCAUAGUUUGCUCAUCAGCAGAGGAGAGACCAGCGUGGAGCGACACAUCAACCGCAAAGAGGUCAAAAGACUGAGGGAGAAGGGCAAAGUGUUCAGGAAUCCAUAUAAUCACGGUAAAAUGAACAACUUGAAGCUACUGUUUGGUGUGGAGAAAAGAAGUCACUGGUUCACUCGGGUCCUGUUACCUUCCAACCAUCUUCCCAGUGGAGACGGCAUCAUGUGGGACUGUAACUUCACCAGGAGAGACCCCAUGGCCAUCUGAUUGGCAGGGUUUGAUUCCUCUACCACAUCAAAAACCUUAAAGCAACAUUUCCACUACAAGCAACAUGGCUGAUGUGGCACUCAUUUCUGAACUUUGAGUGCUGCAGCGAGAAUCUGGUUCAUCUGCUCCUACAAUCAUGAGACAAGGAACAGAAGACGUGUUGUUACUCACGUAGGAGCACAUGGAAAGCACUACUGAUUCAACUUUUUAAGAUCAAUCUAUCACCCGUCAGCCUUGUUCAGGAGGUCUAACCUAAGACUGCAGAGCUGCUGACUGAUUGGAUGAGUGGGUGCUGCUGGUCAGCAUCCUCCUCCAGCAUAAAUCCAACCAUCAGUCAAGACUCGACUGUGAAUUGUACAUUAUUUGGACUGAAAACCAACUUAACAGACUCUUUCUUACAAGUGUGUGAGACGGAUGGAUGGAAACACUGUAACAUGCAGGUACAGCUUAUUAAAGGUGUUUGUGUUGCAUUUUUCAAACAUCAAAUCAGCACAUUGUAAACUUAAACAUGAUUGAUAGCGGCCAUUCAACUCCAGCUGUGCUGGUAAUGUGAACAAAUUUAGACUAUAUUACACUGAAACUCAGCUUGUUUCUUUAAUUAAUUAUUAAUAAUUUUCUGUGUUUGCCGAGAGGUGUUUUACACUGCCCAUCCAAAAGAAAUGUUGCUCUCUCUAAUAUUUCAUUGGACUGCCUUUAGCUUUUAGUACGGCACUCAUCCGCCGUGGCGUCGUUUCAAUAUAUGCUUUUGUAAUGUCAAAGCAUUUAUUUCUGUCCAGAGUUGGAUUAAUUUUCUACCAAGAUCUUAUAUUGAUGAUGGGAGAGUCGGACAAAGUGUUCUCCAGCGCAUCCCAAAGAUUCUCAGUGGGGCUGAGGUCUGGACUCUGUGGAGGCCAAUCCAUGUGUAAAUGAUGUCUCAUGCUCCCUGAUCCACUCAUUCUCAAUGUGAGCCCCAUGAAUCCUGACAUCGUCAUCUUGGAACAUGUCCAUGCUAUCAAAGAAGAAAAACUCCACUGAUGAAAAGACCUGGUCAUUCAGUAUAUUUAGGUAGUCGGCUGACCUUAUUCUUUGGGAACAAAAUGUCGCUGAACCUGACCAACCCCAGAUCAUGACCCUAACCCCCACAGGCUUGUAGGCACUAGCCAUGAUGAGUGCGUCACUUCAUCUGCCUCUCUUCUUGUCCUGAUGCACUCAUCAUUUUGGAACAGGGUAAAUCUGGACUCAUCAGAUCACGUGACGUUCUUUCACUGUUCCAGAGUCCAAUCUUUAUGCUACCGAGCAAACUGAAGCCUUUUUUUCUGAUUAACCUCACUGAUCAGUGGUUUUCUCAGAGAUACACAGCUGUUUAGUCCCAAUCCCUUGAGUACCCUUUGCAUUGUGUGUGUGGAAAUGCUCUUACUUUAAUUAUUAAAUACGCUGUGAGUUCCGACCACAUUUGUUCCUCAAAGAUGAUGGUUAUCCUUCAGGUUUUAAUAAUACGUUGGACGGUUCUUAACCUGAUUUUAGUAUUUUCAGAAAUCUCCUUAGUUGUUUUCUUUGCUUGAUGCAGGCCAAUAAUUUGACCCUUCUGAGACAGAUCAAUGUCCUUGUUGAAGAAAUGAGAAUUCCUCACUGCAUCAGCUAGGGUGAAAUAAGUUGUUGCAGCUGAAACAUAUUCAUCACUGCAGUAAUUGUCUCAUGGAAGGCUCUUACCUAUUUGCCUAGUUAAAUCCAAGUGGCAUUUUUUUGGACAGGCGGUGUAUUUUCCAUUUGAAAACAGCUUUAUCCCGUUAACCUUAGUCUCCACUAUAAGAGCAGCACUCUGUUCUUAAUUCAUGUUGUGAAACAGUUCAGCAGAUUUCCCUUUAAAUGUGACUUAUUGGCGAGAGACAUAAAAGAAAGACUGGCAGUCUUUUCAGAGAAGCUCUCCUGUGUUUACACUGUUGUACUGUGCCAGCAUGAAUGUGCUAAUGAUUCACUGAUGAUAAAAGUGCAGAACACAGCACCAAUAACUACUGUACUGAUCAUGGACUCAGUGACUGAUCUUGCCUGUUUAUUCCAAAGGUCUUUAAGCUUUUAUUGUAUAAUUUGUCUAUAGUAACUGUUGAUGUGUCUUAAAAUCAUGAGAUGAAACCAUAUUCUCAAUAUUGUUUUUGGAUUUGUUUGAUGGGUUUCCUGUGAUUAUUGAAAUAAUUCUCAAACAUGUUGUUUUCAUGUUUAUCACCCACCAUGUUUACACCUACAGGUAAACUGUGUUUUGAAAGCGUGUGAUGAUGAGAUUGAUUGAAAAACUGGUCUGAGCUUUUGUUCUGGUGCCAAAGAGCAAAAAACCAAGAGUUUGAUUCACUUUUCUUCAAUUUCUGACUUGAAUCUUUUGCUUGCUUAACAGUUUAAAGGUGGAGUGAAUUAAUUAGUGGAGUCAGUAGUGGAAUAACGUUGUGUGAAUCGGUUUGAGACCCUUAGGUUGUUUUGUAUUUACAGAGUCAGAGUUGUGUACCAACACCAGAUUUUGACCUACACUGAACAGACAGGUGUCAGGAUGAGAAUCUGAAUCUGACAAAGUGUAUUAAUAAGAAUAAUGGAAUCACUGACUCCACCUUCUAAAAAAAACUACACAAGGCCCAGUUUCUCAUCUUUGACAUUUCAGUUUUGGAUACUGGUGAAGAAGUUGUGUGCCUUGUUUGGAUCUUCAGCCUUGAAAUUGAGCCUCUUAAAUGAGUCAAUCAGGCACUGUGAAAUAUAAUUCUUUUUUGAAAAAAAAAUUCCCUUUAAGAUUUUUUACUGCAACGUGUUCAUAUCAGUGACAGUCACUAGGACGAGUUGGAUGUGUAGUUGCCAUAGAAACAUGACAUCCACCUAUGAUAUCAUUUGUAAUCAGCAGGAGCUGUGCUCUGGUUUGAAUUUUCCUUUUGAAAUAAAACAUGUUUUUUGCAA